GCAAAACGUGUUCAAAUUUAAAUACGAUAGGAAAUUUGUGAAAAUUAAAAAUACUUAACUUCAAAAUGGCCUGCGAAAAACUCGUUUAAAGAAUAUCACAACCAGCCAGAAGCGUGGAAAAUAAGUAGCACAUCGUAAGAAUAUACAGAGUCUCAAACCGCAUUGAAAACAAAUUCCAUCAGCUGCGUACGCAUAGGUGCAGGCACAGCGUGAAGCUUCAUAUUGAAUUCCAACUUUUGUUCACAGCUGCUUUGCUACAAAACGCUGGACAAGGAGUGAGAGCAGAAGAGAGUGAGUGCCAGAGAAAGCGCGAGAGAGACGCUGCCAGUGCGCAUCUCCUGCACAGCAUCCAGACAGCUGCGUGUAGACUUUUCUAACAGUCUUAGCACUGCCGCUUACGGAUUCGCCAAAAUUAAAAAAUAAAAACACACAGGCACAGAGCGUAUUAGCAAUCAAAUACUCGUACGUCACAGACCAAGGCAAGAGAGAACCCUAGAAAGACACAUAGCAAGGGACAGAGAGAAAGAGAGAGGCAAGCCAAAGCAAAAGCAAAAUCAAAAGCUACUUCUCCCGCUCCUCAGAAACAUUCAAAGGUAAACAAAAACCUGUGCGCGUGUUUGUAUAAAUAAAACACCGGUCGUAAACGUUGAAGCCGCACAUUUCCAGUUGGCCUUCAAGCUCAGUAAAAAAAGGCAUACAAGAACCCGCUCAUUUUAUAUCCACGUGACGUCACUACAUCCCAUGUAAGCCACACACAAACUGACACAAGCAAUGUCCACACGCCCACGCCUCAACCUACCAUUGUCGGCCAUCUGGCGGCAUUGCAAGCUCCUCUGCCUGCUACUCGCUUUUUUGCUGCUCUGCGAGACCGUGCAGGCCAAUCCGGAUGCCAAACGACUCUACGAUGAUCUGCUGAGCAACUAUAAUCGUCUUAUACGACCCGUUAGCAAUAACACCGACACGGUUCUUGUCAAAUUGGGUCUGCGACUGUCACAGCUGAUUGAUUUGAAUCUCAAAGAUCAGAUUUUAACGACCAACGUGUGGCUGGAACACGAAUGGCAGGAUCAUAAAUUUAAAUGGGAUCCCUCGGAAUAUGGUGGAGUAACUGAACUCUACGUCCCAUCUGAGCACAUUUGGCUGCCCGACAUUGUUCUUUAUAACAAUGCCGAUGGCGAAUAUGUGGUCACAACCAUGACCAAAGCUAUUUUGCAUUAUACUGGCAAAGUAGUAUGGACACCGCCCGCCAUUUUUAAAUCAUCCUGCGAGAUUGAUGUGCGCUAUUUUCCCUUCGAUCAGCAAACAUGUUUCAUGAAAUUUGGCAGCUGGACCUACGAUGGCGAUCAGAUCGAUUUGAAGCACAUCAACCAGAAGAACGAUAAGGACAACAAAGUGGAGAUUGGCAUUGAUUUGCGGGAAUAUUAUCCCAGUGUGGAAUGGGAUAUUUUAGGGGUGCCAGCUGAACGCCAUGAGAAAUAUUAUCCCUGCUGUGCUGAACCAUAUCCGGAUAUUUUCUUCAACAUCACACUGCGACGCAAGACUCUCUUCUACACGGUCAACCUUAUAAUCCCCUGCGUAGGCAUUUCAUACCUCUCUGUUCUGGUCUUCUAUUUGCCCGCUGACUCUGGCGAGAAGAUUGCGCUUUGCAUUAGCAUUUUGCUAUCACAGACUAUGUUCUUUUUGCUCAUAUCCGAAAUCAUACCGUCAACUUCGUUGGCAUUGCCCUUGCUGGGCAAAUAUCUCCUCUUUACAAUGUUGCUGGUUGGACUGAGCGUUGUCAUAACCAUCAUCAUACUGAAUAUUCAUUACCGUAAGCCAAGCACUCAUAAGAUGCGACCGUGGAUACGCUCCUUCUUCAUUAAGCGUCUGCCCAAGUUGCUCCUUAUGCGGGUGCCCAAGGAUCUGCUCCGCGACUUAGCUGCCAAUAAGAUCAACUACGGCCUGAAGUUUAGCAAAACCAAAUUCGGGCAAGCACUCAUGGAUGAAAUGCAAAUGAACUCGGGCGGCUCCAGUCCCGACUCCUUGCGCCGCAUGCAGGGACGUGUUGGCGUUGGGGGCUGUAAUGGCAUGCACGUGACCACAGCCACCAAUCGUUUUAGUGGCCUAGUUGGUGCUUUGGGAGGCGGUCUCAGCACAUUGAGUGGCUAUAAUGGGUUACCUUCUGUGCUGUCUGGCCUCGAUGACUCCCUUAGUGAUGUGGCCGCUCGCAAAAAGUACCCUUUCGAGCUGGAGAAGGCCAUACACAAUGUCAUGUUCAUACAGCAUCACAUGCAGCGGCAGGAUGAAUUCAAUGCGGAAGAUCAAGAUUGGGGCUUUGUGGCCAUGGUCAUGGAUCGUCUGUUCCUUUGGGCAUUCAUGAUUGCCUCAUUGGUCGGCACGUUUGUCAUAUUGGGCGAAGCACCAUCGCUCUACGAUGACACCAAACCCAUUGAUGUGCAAUUGUCAGUGAUCGCCCAACAGAUUUACAAUCUAACUGAGAAGAAGAAUUAAAUUCAUCACAAAAGCAAAUGGUUAACAAAAUUAAUUUAAAAUUUAAAACACAUCGUAGACAAAUAUGAUUGAUACACUGCAGUAAAUGAACGUGCAGACAAAAUUUAUGGUCUAGUUUAAUGUUA